AUGCGUUUCGCGAUUUCCUCCAUCCUCUCCGUGGCCUCCCUGGCUGCAGCCUUCCCGUCCGGCUCAGGCCUUAACUUUCUCGCUGCCAAACGAUCAAGCUGCGAAACAACAAGCAAAGUCGAAUUCCACUUUAAUGACACCAGCAUCGGCACUUUGGAUUCUUGCACUACAGACGUCACGAACCGAGGUAGUGAUUCCUCGCCAACACUCCGCCGAGAUGCCAAUACCACGUGUGUGGACGGCCCAUCGACAAACUACACCGUCGUGUCCGGGGACACACUCGAGAAGAUUGCACUCCAGUUCGAUUCAGGAGUCUGCAACAUUGCCGCAGCCAAUGGACUCAGCAACCCUGAUUUCAUUCUCGCCGGUCAGGUUCUGAUUGUCCCGACGGAGGUAUGCGAGGCCGAGGUCGACAAUACGAGUUGCCGAACAGCAGCCGGUACAGCCACAUGUGUCUCUGCGAGUGCGGGAGUGUCAGACACCUACACUAUUGUCAGUGGUGAUACUUUCUUCCUCAUCUCGUCGAGGUUGGGUAUAACUUUGGAUUCAUUGGUCGCUGCCAACCCAGAUGUGGAUGCGGGCGCCUUGGAAAUCGGACAGGUCAUCAAUAUCCCUAUCUGUACCGACUCGUAA